UAGUAGUACACAUAAAUUUGUGAGUGUAUUUGUGUUAACAGUGAAAUAUAAAACAGUGAAUAUAAACAUGUCUGACGCCGCCGUUGCUGAAACCACCGCCUCCCCAGUUGCCGCUGUUGAGAAAAAGGCACCAAAGAAGGCCGCUGCCAAAGCAAAGAAACCAUCAGCCGCUCCAACUCAUCCACCAACCCAGCAAAUGGUAGAUGCUGCCAUCAAAACUUUGAAGGAACGUGGAGGUUCUUCAUUGCCAGCCAUCAAGAAAUAUUUGGCCAGCACCUACAAAGUAGAUGCCCAAAAAUUGGCCCCCUUCAUCAAGAAGUACUUGAAGAGUGCUGUUGCCAGUGGAAAAUUGAUCCAAACUAAAGGUAAGGGUGCUUCCGGUUCAUUCAAAUUGUCCGCUUCGGCUUCCAAGGAACCCAAAGCAAAGACUGCUGAAAAGAAAAAGAAGGCUCCCGCCGCUGGUGAAAAGAAAAAGAAGGUCGCCCCUAAAAAGGCAGCCGGCGAAAAGAAGACAGCUGCCAAAAAACCAUCUGCCGCCAAAAAGACCGCUGAAAAGAAGAAGGCUGACAAAACAAAGGCCAAGGCUGCCAAGAAAACCGGUACAGUUAAGGCAAAACCCGCAAAGACCGCCGCUAAAGCAUCUGCCACUAAACCAAAGGCACCCAAGGCAAAAACAGCCGCUGCUAAGCCCAAAAAAGCCGCAAAACCCGCAAAGACCGCCGCUAAAGCAUCUGCCACUAAACCAAAGGCACCCAAGGCAAAAACAGCCGCUGCUAAGCCCAAAAAAGCCGCAGCACCAAAGAAGCCAGCUGCCAAGAAAGCCGCCGCCAAGAAGUAAUUUUUUCCACAAAAAUUACUUUGUCAAGAAUUUUUUCGAUAUUCGAAAACAUAAUAUCUAACAGCCCUUUUCA